GCUAGCUAGCUGACAGGCAGGCAGGGCAGGCAACCUGCUGACGCCCUAACCUGCCCUACCUCACCCUACCCUGCCUUAGCCGCACCUCACCUAAUCCGCUCUAAGCCCAACAAAGCCGGACAACGGACUGUGCUGUUCCUCCGUCGCCGAGCGGGCUUACGUACCUUACAUAUGCACAUGCCUUCUUACAUGCCUACAUACCUAGUUACAUGCCUAUUCCGUACGUACAUGCCCACGCUAGGGUACAGGGUACGCGCCUUCUGUUCCUCCGCCCUCCGUCUUCCAUCUACAGUUCCUCCGACUCCGACGACGUGACGGAACGGAAGCACGGUGUUUGGCGCUUCGGUCUUCGGGCUUUGGCUUUGGAUGUAUGUAAGGACGGAUUAUUGAUAUUGUGCAUAACUCACGCACUUGCUCACCUUAACUCCAACCCCCACCCGCACCCCCACGCACGCUGUGAUGUGGUGCAUGGUGCGUAUUGCGUGCUGCGUGCAUACAUACGUGUAUACUUGUAUACAUGCGGCUGAAGCAGGCUGAGCGGGCUGAGCUGAGCUGGAUUGGAUUGCUGAGUAGGCAGGAAUGUACGUAGCUGUCUCCUACAUCUGUACAUGCAUGCAUCCAUCCAUCCAUCCAUC